ACGCCACUAAAAACUAGGCUAUUUACUCGUAUCAAGUUUCAAUUUGUGAUCCGUGCGUGCUCCUCGCCAGUUAGCUCUCUCAGCUAUAGGCUAUGCGCGCUAGCGCUAUAGCUCGCCCAUGCGGCGCGCGCGCACUUAAUGAAGCUUCAUUUCGUUUUGGCGUCGUCGAAGGGCUUCAAGGAACAAAAUGCGAGACCAAUAUUUAGCCGGCCGACUGUAUGUGGGCAGCCUUGACCACAGCACAACGAAGGAAGACAUUGAAAGAGAGUUUAGCAAACAUGGUCACCUUGUUGAUAUCUGGAUGGCGCGCAACCCUCCUGGAUUCGCGUUUGUUGAGUUUGAAAAUGCUGAGCAAGCAGAAUCAGCCCUGAAAGCUCUGAAUGGUCACGAUUUCUUGGGAAGCCGCAUUAUGGUGGAACCAUCUCGUGUCCAGAAUGGUCGUGGAGGUCGUGGUGGAGGCAGAGGCGGCGGUGGUGGAAGAGGCGGCGGUGGCAGGGGUGGAGGAAGAUACGAUGGUGGUGGUGGUGGAGGAAGAUAUGACAGCAGACGGGAUAGCGACAGGGGCAGAUCUGGCGGACCAUCUAGAUCACCGCGAGGCCAAUUUCGAGACUACUCUUCAAGCGAUUAUGGUCGUAGUAGCGACUAUAGUCGCAGCAACGAUUUUGGUCGCGGUGGUGGUGGAGACUUCAGCCGUGGUGGAGGUGGUGGUGGUAGCUACAGAGAUGACAGCAGAGGGUCCAGAUAUGGUGAUUCCUACAGCUAUGGAGAACCAGCAUAUCGUAGCCGCUCACCAAUACGUCGCAGGAGUCCUGCCUUUGCUGCUCCUCCUCCUCCAAGAGGACGUGAUUAUGGUGGGAGGGAUUAUGGUGGUGGGCGUGACUUAGGCAGCAGAGAUAUUGGCCGAGACUAUGCUAGACGGGAACCAAGAAGAGACUAUGAGAGAGAACCCAGAGAUUAUGCACCAGGGCCCUCUCCUAGUUAUGGUGGUGGACGACCAGAACGACCUGCCUAUGACAGCAGAGGAUCAGAGCGAGGCUAUGAAAGAGGAGGCUUCGAUCAUGGGGGCUAUGAUAGAGGAAGCCGACGCUCCCCUCCUCCAAGACGCUAAAUUGCUUCAUGUAAGAGAAAUGAAUUUGAAGAAGGAAAUUAUUUUCACAAAUUCUGUAAUAUGGUCUAAAAAUGUGACCAAAAUUUGGUCAAAGUGUUUGAUUAUGCUGUUAUCUGUUGUUUAAUGUACAUACAUGAUCAUGGUGUUUGAUGUUACUUGAUUUUUUUUUCCAUUGCCCUCUCUACGAUCAUUAUGUUCUUAUUGUACUGAUUCCUACUUUCCAGUUCAGAAUAAUCUUCUUUAAAAAAAAACUGAUUUGAAAAGACUACGUAUAGUGGUGGACCGUGACCAGGAGGAGACAAAGCAUUGGAGGGAAAAGCAUUGUUCACAAACAAUACAGUGCCCCUCCAAUCAUUGUCUCCUCCGGGUCACGGUCCGCCAUUGACUGCAUAACAUGCUUUUAUGUGAGUUACUUUUAAUUGCAUCUUCCAAAUACAUUAAUUUAAUGAAAUUUUCAGUCUUGAAAAAAUGUGUAACUUGCGAAUUUCAUUUGUACUGUAUAUUGACAUUUUAAACAUUUUUAAAAACUAUUGAUUGCAUUAUUUAUUUCAAAAUAUGAUAUUCAGAAAGUUUACACAAUGUAGGCUGUGAGACAUUUCAUUACUCAGUAAGAAAGUUACUAGCAACAGUUCAUAUAAGUCCUCUAUGGAUAAAUCUUUAUUAAAGAGAAAUGCCAGUAGUUGCAGUAAACACUGAUUUCAUGAGAAAGUCUGUAAAACCAGGCUUAAUUGUCAGUAUAUCAUCGAGGAUCUGGAUCUGGUACAGUUACAUAAACUAAACUUUGUGAAAUCUUAAAAUCUACGCUGAAAAAUGUUCACGCUGAAGAUCACUAACACAGAUAAGUGCGCGUGGGACAGUGUAUUAUUAUUGCUUUGAAUGUCGGCCCGACGCUUGACCCAAAUCCUGUGCUUAUUUGCUGAUUUCUCAGCAAUUACACAAUUUCUUCCAGAAUCCUUUGGCACAUAUGUUUUAUUUAUACAAACAGACACUUUGGUGGUCAUUUCAUUGGAUUCUGUACGAACUCAUUUUGAUAUCGUUACCACAACUGGAAUUUACCUUUAAGUGGUGAAUAAGUACAUUUGAUCUAAAUGUUCUUUGUUCUUUGAAAUUUCCCUACAUAACAUUCAAUCAUUGCGUUCCAUGAUUCACACAGCAUUAUUUCAAACUUUGUGGCCUGCUACCUCUAAAUUGCAUUAUUGUGUACUACAUUCAAUUAUAUUUCAUUUACCCUGUUAGUUCAAUUUGAAAAAAGAAAAACAAAAAAUUAUUACCCCCCCAAUGGUCACUAUUUGGAGCACUUUUUUAUUUAUUUUGCGUUUCAUUAUGGGGACCCAUACUUGUUUUUAAUGGAUAAACUACAUGUACAUAUACGAUACAUUAGCAUAACUUCUUGCUAUUAUCUUGCAAACUUUCAUGUGAAGAUUUUUUUUCUGUUUUAAAAAAGUGCAUGUGUGUAUGAAAAAUGAAUGUUUGUAUUUUUUGUACUAGUUUGUUCGUUUACUGGAAUUGCACAAAAUGUAGGUAUAGACAGGAGGGUUUGUAGUUUGUACAUUAUUCUUGAUUAUGAAAGAGAUAAUAAUCUAUGUGAAUAUUGUAGUAUUUUGCAGACAUGUACCCAAGUCCUAUAGUACCAUGCAGUAUUUUGAUAUGCAAAUUAAGAUUGCAACUCUGCAAGUUUAUUCCGAUAUUUGUUAUUUUUGUUUUUCUGUUCAUUUAAAAGGGGGCAUGCUCCAGAAUAUACUAUUCCUUGUCUUAGCUUGUAUUCAGUCUUGAUAUUAAUUAAGGGUUUUGUUUGUCCAGAUACAACUAGACUUUGGUUUAAAACAUAUAUGCUGAUUAUCUUAAGGAAAUUGUAAAUUUGCAAAGCUUUUCCUGUAUUUUUAAUGAGAGACGGACAGGCAUAUGAAGUGAAACACUGUCAACUUUGAUUUUUGUUUGUUUCAUUGUUGAUGCAUGUAAGUGAUUUUUUAAUGUGAGCAUUGACUAUUUUCCUGUGUCUUUUUAUAAUAAAAAAGAAUGUGAUAAAAGA